AUGAAACAGCUCAAAAAACGAGCAAGCUCUUCUUAUUUCCCCAAAACCCUAAACCAACCCAGGUCUCUGACGAGAUCUGUCAAUUACCUCUUCAAAGAACAGCGUCUUCUCUUCGUUCUCGUAGGCAUCCUAAUCGCCUCCACCUUCUUCAUCCUCCAGCCGACCUUAAUGAGGCUUGGCACAACCUACACUACGAUUCCCAGAGAGUUUCCUUCCGGGGUUACCAAUCACAAGCAGGUUACAUACCCGUUUCGGAAUUCUUUGAAUUUUGGAGCUGGUGAGGUUGGGAGACUUCCGGCUGGGAUUCAGAGACGAUCUUUGCGGGUUGUGGUCACUGGUGGUGCCGGGUUCGUAGGUAGUCAUCUUGUUGAUCAGCUCUUGGAUAAAGGGCAUUAUGUGAUUGUAAUUGAUAAUUUUUUCACUGGAAGGAAAGAGAACGUGAUGCACCAUCUUGGGAAUCCAAGAUUUGAGCUUAUUAGGCAUGAUGUGGUGGAGCCAAUUCUUUUAGAGGUGGAUCAGAUUUACCAUUUGGCUUGUCCAGCUUCACCUGUUUACUACAAAUAUAAUCCUAUCAAGACAAUUAAAACCAAUGUGAUGGGAACCCUGAACAUGUUGGGCUUGGCGAAAAGAGUUGGGGCCCGUUUUUUGCUCACCAGCACAAGUGAGGUUUAUGGGGACCCGCUAGAGCACCCACAGAAGGAAACAUAUUGGGGAAAUGUGAACCCAAUCGGUGUCCGGACUUGUUAUGAUGAAGGAAAAUGGACAGCUGAAACUUUAGCAAUGGAUUACCAUCGAGCCUUAGCAGUUGAGGUGCGUAUUGCCCACAUUUUUAACACAUAUGGACCCCGUAUGUGUAUAGAUGAUGGACGUGUGGUCAGCAAUUUUGUUGCCCAGGUCCUUCGUAAACAACCAAUGACAGUAUAUGGUAAUGGAAAUCAAACACGAAGUUUCCAAUAUAUAUCUGACCUGGUUGAUGGACUGGUUGCACUAAUGGAAGGCGAGCAUGUUGGACCAUUCAAUUUGGGUAACCCGGGUGAAUUCACCAUGUUAGAGCUUGCUGAGGUUGUCAAGGAGACAAUUGACUCUAGUGCAACCAUUGAAUUCAAAGCAAACACCGCAGAUGAUCCACAUAAAAGGAAACCAGAUAUCUCCAAAGCUAAGGAGCUGCUGAAGUGGGAGCCAAAGAUUUCAUUGAGGCAAGGCCUUCGUUUAAUGGUUACUGAUUUCCAGAAACGUAUCCUAGAGUGCUGA